GGUCGCCUGCUUGCGCCCCGUGGGAAGAGCGGGGGCGGCGCACGGGUGGUGAGGUCCUUCGGAGACGGAGGCCGCGGGGCGUUUCUUUUCCACCUUCUCCCCGGUACCACCUGUGGGGGUUGGAAGGGCCCUCUCGGUCCCGAUCGGUGCAGAAACUCUUUCGCGGUGGAGAACCCCCGCCCCCAGUGUGGAAGAUCUGCGUUCCCCAAACUGGCUUAAGUUACAGGAUAUGCGUUGGACUAAAGCCGCCGGCUGGGGAUCAUGGGAGCUGUAGUUCAACAGAUCUUAGGUCCUACAGUAUGAAGAGGGUAUCUGGUGGAUCUUUGCGGGGGGUGGGGGGAGUUUGAGCUCUGGAGAAAAUAACGCUGACUCCUAGGCUGUCCUUAACUUGGGCAAGUAUGGACUUCUUCGGGUAACUACAGGAGUAAGUCAACUGCCACGGAGCGCUAGAAAGGAGAGGUGCUGGGUUUCUAAUCAGUUGGCAACUGCUUCCUGUUUGUUUGUUUGUUUAUCAUAUUUGUAUAUACACCCAUCUCACAGAACUUGACUAGGGCACUAUUAAUUCCAGAAUAGGUUAAAGGUAUAUUAAUUUAGAAUUUUGUUAGAUUCUCAAUAAAGAAGCUGAUGAAUGAUCUCCACAUGUCAUCCAGAAGCAUAUUAAAAGUACAAACAUGAUUUGGGUUUGCCCAAUAUGCUUAACUGGGUACUGAACCCAUAUUCUGUGUUGACCUACUAAAUCAUCUACUAGGCCAGUGUUUUUCAAACGUGGCAACUUUAAAGAUGUGUGGACUUCAGUUCCCAGAAUUCCCCAGCCACCACUAGGCAAAUGGGUUGGGGCAGUACAGAAUGCAAACACCUGAGGCUGAAAUUUAAGUUUACCACGCUGGGUUAAUGCACCCACUAAUCUUUUCCAACAAGUUGUGUGAACCUGGCCAGUCUCUCCUAAAACAGCAGGCAUGAUCCUGUAUUAAACUCUGUUAAAAUGAAGCCAUGUUUUUUCUAAAGAAUGAGUUAAGAGCACGCGGUAUAAACACUAUGUCAUACAUUUUUGCUAAAUAUACCUAUACUUAUAAUGAUACUCCUUUUCAGAGUAAACGAGUGUUGUGCAGGGCAGAGAAAGAGGGUAAGAAAUAGCCCAGUAUUGCCAACACUUACUGGCAGCAACUUCUUAGGAUUUGAAGCAGGAGGAUUCCCUCACCCCAAGCUGACCCUUCUUGGAGAGACCUUUUGCAGUCUUUGUGUCUUCUUUAGAAUCACACAGAAGGUCCUAUGGCUGAGAAUCAGCUGCCCGCUAAAGGCGAUGCCCCAGUCUUGGUGCCAUCUGGGUCAUCCUCCAGUGAAUUGUCCACGUCUGGAGCUUCUGAGCUGCAUCCUUUCUCCCUGGGACGUGCAUCAUCAUCAAGCAAUCUGUCCUCCUUAACAGUCCCUGUGCGCUUGGAUGUCCUCUACUUCUUGCUUAACAGUGCUGCCAAAGGGGCACAGGGUGCCCUGGCACCCCUACCUAUUCACAGUGGGCAAGGGUCUGUCUCUGCAUGCCGUUGUCCGGUUGCUGUACAAGCCAUGAGCUGCUGUAACAGCUGCCACCCCACCUCUCGCAAUGCUUCUGACGGUGUUCCUUAUGCCUGGCGCCCCGGUGGGCCUCGCCAUGAUGAACCAGCUUGUGGAAAUUAUGGCCAUCAUGGAAGAGUGAGCCCUGGAAUCCCAGACAGGCAAAACAACAAAUGGGUCAGGGUUGCCCAACGGAAUGAAGGGAAGAGUCGGUCUGGGUCCCUUCAAGCAGAUUCGGCAAGGGGAUGGAAAAGAUCCCAGUCUCCAUUGGGAUGGAAGGAGAAGCGGAGAGAUGAAGGUGGAAGGCAUGGGAAAGGGGACAACUGGCAAGGGAAGCAGAUGACUUUCAGGAAGGCCUGGGACAACUGCAGAGGAAGCCUGGCUGAGUCAACCCCUUGGAAUUCAGGCUCACUGGAUAGAAAGAGAGAAGGCACGUCAUCAGUUGGGGUACCUUCUGUAAACAUUAAGAAGAACCAAGGUGGAAGUUGUUGGCAAGCAAUGUGCAGAGCCCCAGAAGACCAAAGACAUUUGGGCCAUACCCAGAUUGGAUGGCAAAAGAGCCAAGGGACACGUGAACCUGCUAGCUUUGUAGAUAGGACUGUGGCUGCUGAGCUGGCCAAUACAACUGGCCAGGAUAAAAGAGAAGAUUGGGAGGCAGAAUAUGAGAAUCCCCAAGAAACCUCCAAUGCUCCUGAGAGUAUUUCCAUUUCUUCCUUUCAGAGCAAAAAAAUAGAUACUUCCAAAGCAGGAGGUAGUUAUGAUGUAGAAUGUGCUCCAUCUGCUGAUCCACCCAAACAGAAGCUGGAGACCUCUCCUCUUCCCAAGUCAGUUUCCAAAGACCAGGCAGCUACAUCUCCAGAGAGGGAACUCACCAAGUUUCCCUCAGAUUGGAGUAAGAACGGCAGGUUUGCCCACUACCUCCAGGGCCUUUAUUCUGACAUGCCAGGGAAGUCAAGCUCUGAAAGUUCCACAGAUCUGGCCAUCAGUACAGAUGCAGAGUCAUCCAAACUGGAGGAGGAAGAGGCUGCAAAGAGUGCAGCUGAUGGGGAAUCAAAACCUUGGGAGUAGAUUAUGGCUGGGAGAUUAGCUAGGAGGAGAAAAAGAGGAUACUAUGUAGUAUACAGGCCUAGGAUCUAAGAGGAGAUUUCCCCAAAAGUUUUGAUCUCUGGAAUUUCAGAGCUGUUUAAUUGGUUAAGAUAGAAGUUUGACUCCCAAUCUCUGUAGGUGGCGGUGAGGUUUCCUUGUUUUACGGAUGUGCCUGUGUUACCUUUUAUUCAUGGAACAAGGGUUCUUCUGAGAUAAUCAGGUAUGCCUGCUAUCCAUUCCAAAAUAGGCUAAAUAAUGGGAAUACCAUCCAGUAAACACAACCAGUAUCCAACCAGAUACUUUCCACCUGAAGAGAAUGGAAAAAGCAACUGAGAAUCAUGUUGGUGGCAUCAUCCGCCCUUAGUCCAGAUAUUCUAGGAUACAUCACCAAUGUAAAGCUACUUCAGAUUGUGUUAACCAUCACAGCUGGGAUUGUUAAUUUAGCAGUUUGUUAUGAUAGACACAUCCUACUGACUCCAUACAGUCACCCACAUGGGUGACUUCUACAAAGCCUCCAUUGCGGGUUCUGUAGAAAUAAUCCAUGAUUUUUAAACUAGGGUCUAUCUGGUUUGAACCCAAAGAUUAGCCUGUACCUGAUCCACCAGCUUAAGCAGGGGAGGUUUGAAACUUUUGCAAAUCUCAGGAUACAGACUACCUCAUUUCAAAGAUUGUAUUAUUUCAGUACAUGGGAGAAACGGUUACCAAAUCCCAUCUGUAGCCUGAAAGAGUACUAUUCUAGGCCGCUAAAAAGAUUUUGCACACAGAGAUGGGUAUGUUAAUUUAAUGAUGCUGUCUGUCUAGUAUAUUUAAAUGCAUUAAUCUAGCUGUUUAAGCACUCACGACUGUUAACACUGAGGUUGUUUAGAAAGCUGUAAAAACAUCUUUAUAUAUCUUACAUAGUGAACCUGGGUUUAAAAAUCCAAGAAAAGCAUCACUGGUGUUUUGAAGUACUACACAGUAGAAUAUUAUUGUUUCCCCUAGGGGAAGAUGUGUAUUCGUUUCUUGUUGCAAUAAAGUUGGCAUCAUGUUAGCAA